AAAAGGCAUCAGCUUCAGCUCUUCAGUUCGUCUCCAAUUCUCGACGUUAGAGCUCAUUGGGACCUCCAUAGCGCGAGGUACAAAGGUCCUUCUCCAGCAUAUCCGCCUCCUUUGACAAUGUCAGCGUUGCGGGCUACGAGAUGCUUGCGAGCGGCGACGCCGGUCUCAUUGGUCGGUCUAGAGGGGGAGAGUCUCUCAGCCGCGCGUACCUGGAAUCGUUUCGCCCAGCGACAACUAAGUGGUCCACGCGAAGGAUCCGACCCAUUUCAGCCCGUCAAGAACGCAGAGACAGAGGCCUGGUGGCCCCCUCUCUAUUCUGGUCGACGACAAAAGAAGAUAGCCUUAGCUGCUCUCAGCCUGGGAAAAUUGGACGAAUUACCUCGAGGGACAAAGGUGGACAAGUUGAGGGAUAGCUUGUCCAACGUAGACUUGGCUAGGGAUAGCGCUCCGCCGGCUUCUUUGCUCGCGAGCGAAAUCACCAUCACGCAGGAAGAGUUGGAAGCUGCGAGCACAUCCGAGACCUCUGCUACCUCUACCUCUGAAAAAGGUAGCAAAAAGGAAAGCACAGAGACGCUUAGACAACACGCAUUGGCUCAUGCCCAGGGUCUCGGUCCUUAUAAGGGUAGAAGCUUGAAAAAGCUUUUCAAGGGACGUCAAGCUGACAAACUUGGCGCGCAGAGAAAGUUGGAUGUGCAGGCAAAGAUGGCAAAUAUGGACAAGAACAUCGAAGAGUGGAAGGAGGGUCUCCAGGAGGCGAAGCAGAAGAAGAGGAGCAAAGUGCCAUUCUAAGAGCACGUGUGAGGUUUUGAACACGCCAUGGGAGAGGGCGCGCUGCGACGACGACGGACUGGAUUGCCAAUUCGAAGGCAAAGACGACGAAUUUGUUGCGAUUCACCGCCGCUCUCGCGAGAACAGACUUUGAACGCU